ACCCCUUCAAACUAAACAUCAACACACAAAGAAUUUCUCCUUUCCCCCACCCACCACACCAGAAUCCUUCUUCAGGCUUCAUCAAAUCUCACGACAGUCCUACCAUCAAGGAGUCUCUUCUCGACCCAUCUGCCAUUCAACCCCCCCAAAAAAAAACAGACAGACACGAGUCUAUCUGGCCUCUCCGUCCAUCCGCGACCCCCCGGAAACCCGCUGAAGCCCUUCAUCCAGCUUCUUCCGUCUGAUAUUAUCGAACGCUUCUACGACUCUCCCCCAAGGCCGGGACCUGUCAUAAAAGAGGGCAUCCUCUACCACCGAAUCACCCAAACCAUAAGACAGCACGUCUAGUGGCACAACUGCGUUAUAUGUAUCUCACACAACACGCCAACGACCUCAGACAUCAGCCGCCCCUCGAGCUGCAACCAUUCCGUAUACCUCGGAAACCUUGUAGCCCUUACUUCUGCUCUAACGGAUAAACCGACAUCUUCUUCGGCAUCUCACAAUAUCGACACAACACAUGUUACCGUGAGACGAAUCAUCUUUAAACCAUCAAUCUAGCUGUUGCUUUGAACCUUCCAAAACGAGCCGGCCUGCCUCUAUAUGUAUCGCCAGUCAACGUCUUCAGUCGCCGCUACCAAUAGAAAAACCGCCCCCGAAAGCUUGCAUUAGAAAACUUCAACCGCAAUCAUGGCUACCGUCAACAUUCGUCGCGAUGUCAGCGACCCCUUCUACCGAUACAAGAUGGAGAAGAUCCAGUCUAAGAUCGAAGGAAAAGGAAAUGGCAUCAAGACUGUCAUUGUCAACCUGAGCAGCGUUGCCCAGUCUCUCGCUCGCCCCGGUGCCUAUGUCAUCAAAUACUUUGGUUUCGAACUUGGAGCCCAGACAAACAGCAACCCUGCCGACGACCGCUGGAUUAUCAACGGCGCCCACGAAGCUGGAAAGCUACAGGAUUACCUUGAUGGGUUUAUUUCAAAGUUUGUGCUUUGCAAGAAGUGCAAGAAUCCCGAGACCGAAGUCGUCUUGAAGGAUGGAAAUAUCGUUCUUGACUGCAAGGCUUGUGGUCAGCGUUCAGAUGUCGAUCUCCGCCUGAAAUUGAGCGGCUUCAUCUUGAAGAAUGCGCCCAAGAAGGGCAAGAAGGACAAGGCCGAGCGCAAGGCUGCCCGCAGGGCCAAGGAGAACGGCAACGGGGUCGCCGCCGAUGGCGAGAAAAACAGCAGCCCCAACGACAGUAACUCUGAGAAUGGAGUCAAUGAUGACGGCGCCCCUGAGGCAGGAAGCGACGACGAGCUUACCAAUCGCAUCAAGAACGGCGCUUUGGAUAUCGAAGAGCCAGAGGAAAUCAGAGACGAUACGUGGACAGUUGACAUGUCUGCGGAGGCUGUUAGAGCUCGUCAGCAACAGCUGCCAGAGGAUCUGAAGCAGAAGCUUGUCCUUGAUAACGACGAGGACGAGGAUGGUGAGGGCGGCGGCAACUCGGCCUAUGAUCAGCUCGGUAGCUGGAUCUUGGCUGAGGUCGAGGAGAAGGGCAGCGUUGCAAAGGUUGAUGAUGUUGAUAUUUAUGUCAAGGCUAAAGAGCUGGGCAUUGAGACAAAGCACCGUACGCUACUUGUACUUGCUCAGACCUUGUUCGAUGACAACAUUGUUGCCCAGAUCCCCAAGAGGGCUGGACUGCUGAAAAAGUUGAUCACCUCUGAACGCCACGAGAAGGCCCUCCUCGGAGGCACCGAGCGCUUCAUCGGCAUGCGCGGCAAGGAGAACCCAGAAGUCUACAACCUAGUCUCGAAGGUUCUCAUGCUUUACUACAAUGACGAUCUUGUCAGCGAGGAGGUUGUCACCAAAUGGGGCACCAGGGCCAGCAAGAAGUACAUCGACCUUCCGACCAGCAAGAAGGUCCGCAAGUCCGCAGAGACGUUCUUGACUUGGCUUGCUGAGGCUGAGUCAGAGGAUGAUGAUGACGACUCGGAAUAAACAAUCGCUACAAAGCCAAAUGGCGAGGACCACCACGCUCAACCGUUAACUUGUUAAUGGGAUGGCUGUGUGGAUUUGUCUCGUAUCAAAUGGUCGCACAUAUUUGCUUGGUUGGACCGUUUUGUGCUUCGGGUUUUGUUUUCACCGUUGUCUAAUUAUCUGCUCUCUACUCAAUACUCUUUUUCCGCUUGUAAAAGUUAGCAGCUCUAGGGGUGCAUUACCUUUGCGCCGAUGAUUACGAAUUAAUAUUUUUGAUUACCUCAAUGAAGCUAUUCUCUAUCUAUG